CCGACCUCAUCACCAACCACGAGUUAUGAAUUGAUCUCGCGCGAUCAUUCGAUCGACUCGGCUCAUAUGAGCGCAGUUCAAGCUCAACUCCGGGAGUGAUAUCCUCUCAAACAGUCAUCAUCCGACGAUACACGUACAGACCGUCGCACCUGCCGAAUGCUUGAUUUGACACGACACCAUUCCGACAUCGUCGUUGGGCUUUUGGAGCAAAGCAAUCGACUCGCCAAAGCUGUUGGAAAAGAUGAUCUUGAACUCAUAACACUCGACAUUUCAUGGCCUCGUUUUCGAUCGAGGUGCCUGGCGAGGCGAACCCGCUCACAACAAAUACCCUCAUCCAUGUCCUACGCGCAGCAACAUCCCGCGAUCAAGCUCAAAUCCAAACCGGCACCAAACAAAUUCAGCAGUGGGAGACAAGCUCGGGCUUCUACCGAUACCUUCAAGAUGCCUUUCUCGAUUACAGUCUACCAUUCGAACUCCGAUCUCUCGCGAUCAUACAGUUGAAGAACGGCAUUGACAAAUAUUGGCGAAAGACAGCACGGAAUGCCGUCUCCGCCAACGACAAAGAUGUUAUCCGUGCUCGGUUGGCUCAGAGCAUCCUCGACGAACCGGAUCAUCGGCUGGCUCUACAGGUCGCACUCGUCAUUGCCAAAGUCUCUCGAUAUGAGUUUCCUUCAUCAUGGCCCGAUGCUCUCACGGGAUUUGUCAAUGUCGUCAGAUCACCCGAGACACCUUCGCUCCGUCUGGCCCGAGCAUUGCUGGCUUUGCUACGGAUCGUGAAGGAAUUAUCAACAGCACGACUACAGCAAAGCAAACAAGCACUUCAGACGGCGACUCCCGAAAUCGUCGCCGUCGUCGGCACUGCAUACGCCAGAAUGUUUGAUUCUUGGCUGAAGAACCCCACACUCGAGGAGAUGCAAUUGACGUUGCUCGCGAUCAAACUUCUCCGUCGACUCCUCGUCAAUUGCUACGAGAAUCCCAACCACGACCAAGAUGUCAUCUCUUUCUGGAGUAUGACGAUGCAGCAUCUGAGCUCCCUGAUUGCGUUUCGGAGAGCACAUGCUUCUCAACUAGGCGCGGAAUUGCUGCUGCUCGUAGAAAAGCACAUCCUGCAGCUUGCAAAGCUUCAUUAUACCAUGGCGAAGGAGAACGCAACCGCUUUUGCUCUGCUUCCCGAUUCGCUUUCACUUGCCAACGCAUAUUGGGGCUUGGUUAAGGAUUAUGGAACAUUGAUCAGCUCGCCCGAUGCGGUCACCACCGCAAUAACAUCCGCAAAGAAAGGUACACACGGAGAUGUUGAUCAUCGAUCCUUUGACGAAAACGUAGCCCUCAGGGGAUUGCUCCUCAUUCGAGCAUGUGUGCAAAUGGUCUGGCACCCUGCGCAAAGUUUCAAGCAUCGUACCGCAGAAGGCAAAGAAGAAAAAAGACGCGCGGUAGAAUUGAUCAAGACAAGUCUCCUCACUGAAGCAUUCGUCCGUGAUGCACUUGAGACUGUGGUGUUCAAGUUGUUCGUCUUCCGUGCCAGCGAAUUGCAAGUAUGGGGAGAAAGCGCCGAAGAAUGGGAGCAAAGAGAGGAAGGCAGUGGAAAUGACUGGGAAUUCGCGGUCCGUCCCUGCGCCGAGAAGCUCUUCCUGGAUCUAUCGAUCAAUUACAAGGAGAUCAUCGUCGAUCCACUUUUGAGCGUCGUCGCAUCCAUCACUUCGUCGUCGAAUCAUGAUGUUCUAUUCAAGGACUCGAUUUACAGCGCCGUGGGACUUGCAGCCUCGGUCCUGCAGGAAAAGCUCGACUUUGAUGCUUUCAUCCGUGACGUCCUCGUUCUGGAAAUACAGAAUCAGGGUCCUGGUUGUCACAUUCUUCGACGCCGAGUGGCCAUUGUCCUCGGUCAAUGGAUCAGUGUGCGCGUGGCGGAGACCAGCAAGACUUUGGUUUAUGAAAUCUAUCAACAUCUCCUCGACUCUGAGGAUCGAAUCAACGAUCUGGUGGUGCGGAUAACAGCCGGCCGUCAUCUUGCGAACGUCGCGAACGAUUGGGAAUUUCAGCCCGAACAAUUCCUUCCAUAUGCGACCAACAUCCUCACGAGGCUUCUGAGACUGAUCAACGAAGUCGAACUUCCUGAGACGAAACUUGCGAUUGUCAACACUGUCAGCAUCAUCGUUGAGAGGCUGGAUCAUCACAUUAUCCCUUAUGCUGAAGGAAUCGUCAAUCUGCUUCCUGCACUGUGGGAGCAAUCCGAAGAUGAGCACCUCAUGCGCCAAGCCAUCCUCACGAUCCUAACUCGUCUCAUCAAUGCCAUGCGAUCAGCUUCGCUACCACUACAUUCCAUGGUUCUACCCAUCAUCGGAGGAGCGUUACAACCCGACACGGAUGAAGCCAUCUAUCUCCUCGAAGACGCCCUCGAGCUACUCGGGAGUGUCCUCGCUCAGACUCCCGAUGAGGCAGCAUCUCCGGAGUUGCUGGGCCUACUGCCCCGAUUAUACCCAAUCUUUGAACUUGGAACAGAGACCCUCGGAAAAGCCCUCGAAAUCACCGACUCCUAUCUCAUCCUCGCCCCCUCCUUCAUCCUCUCUGAUGAAAUCCGCCCCUCGCUGCUCAAGUCCCUCACCGAACUCUUCGGCGAAGUGAAAGCCCACGUCAACGGCCCCGUCUGCAGCAUCAUCGAAGGUAUGAUCCGCGUCGCGCACAAGCUCGGAGGUGAAGCCGCCGUCGCCCAAGUCGCCUCCGAUCUCAUCCAAUGCGGCCUCCUCCCCAAGCUCCUCGUCGGUUUACACGGAAGUUGGACCGCUCAUUGCACCACCGGCCCCCGCGCUAAGACCGCUCUGGUCGACGGCAUCGUCGAGACGGAAUAUUUCAGCAUCCUCGCCCGCCUCAUCCUCGGCUCCCCGGAGACAUUCUGUCGAGUCUGCGAAUCCGCCAGCCCUUCCGCCGCGAGUAACAAUAACAACAACGAUCCUUCCUCCUCUCCCCUGGAGCAAACGAUGAAAUGGUUCCUGGAGGAGCUCUUCUCGCACUUCCAAAGCGUCAGCGAUCCUUCCCGGAGGAAACUCCUUUGUCUCGCGCUCACGAAAUUACUCGUCACCAAUCACCCUUUCAUCCUCGUCAAUCUGCAAUCCCUCAUGACCGUCUGGACGGACGUCAUCACGGAGCUCCGCGAAGACGACAACCCCUCCUCCUCCUCCGCGAUGGAUCCCACAUCCUCCUCACCGACAGCAUCGGGAACAGCAGGGGGAGACUUUCGCGCCCUGGAAUCGCCCGAGGACAUCCGUCGGAGAAACUUGAUGAUGACCGAUGAAGUCCACACCGUCAACACGGCGGCUUCCGUCCAGGGUCAUCUCCGCCAAGUCGUGAACGGCACGCCUGGGGGCGAGGCCGGCUUCCAGGAGAGGUGGCUGGUCAAUGUGGACCGCGACGUCUUGGCCGGAUUUAUGGCGUUGGGCGUCCUCUGA